GUGCUGCGCUGAAGUCUGACCGACGCCUGCUCCGCUCCCGGCUCCCGGCUCCCAGCUCCUCGGCCCCCAGCUCCUCCGCUCCCGCAGCCCGCGCCGACCGCCGCCGCCCCGUGCCCGCGCUGAGCAGCAGACCCGGCUGAGCCGCGGACCCCCGCAGCGGGCGCCAUGCAGCCGACGCGCCCCGCGCUCCUGGCCGCCACGCUGGCCGCGCUGGCGCUGCUCCUCGGGCUGCCCGCGGCGCGGGCCGGUGCCGGGGCGGCGGGCGCGGGCCCGGUCGUGCGCUGCGAACCCUGCGACGCGCGCGCUCUGGCCCAGUGCGCGCCCCCGCCCGCCGGCUGCGCCGAGCUGGUGCGCGAGCCGGGCUGCGGCUGCUGCCUGACGUGCGCGCUGCGCGAGGGCCAGCCGUGCGGCGUCUACACCGAGCGCUGCGGCUCCGGCCUCCGCUGCCUCCCGCCGCCCGGCGAGGCGCGCCCGCUGCAGGCGCUGCUGGAGGGCCGCGGGCUCUGCGCCAACGCCAGUGCCGCCGGCCGCCCGCGCCCCCAGGCCCCGCCCGCGCCAGGAAACGGCAGUGAGUCGGAGGAAGACCACAGCGCCGUGACCGCGGGGAGCCCGGCGCUGACCGGCACUCACUGGGCCCCCGACUCCAAGUUCCACCCCGGCCACACCAAGAUGGACGCCAUCAAGAGAGGGAACGCCAAGGACAGCCAGCGCCACAAGGUCCACUCGGAGGCCCAGAGCACGGUCACCCAGAACUUCUCCUCCGAGACCAAGCAGGACACAGAAUACGGGCCCUGCCGCCGGGAGAUGGAGGACACGCUGAACCGACUCAAGUCCCUGAGCACCCUGAGCCCGCGGGGCGUCCACCUCCCCAACUGCGACAGGAAGGGCUUCUACAAGAAGAAGCAGUGCCGCCCAUCCAAGGGCAGGAAGCGCGGCUACUGCUGGUGCGUGGACAAGUACGGGCAGCCCCUCCCCGGCCACGACCCGCGGGGCAGAGCGGACGUGCACUGCGACAGCGCGGAGAGCCUGUGACCCGUUCAGAGGGACUCAAACACCGACUCUGCACCAAAGACGGCCCAGGCGGUGACCAGCAGUGGCUACAGCCUCGAGGAUCUGUCUGUCUCUGGCGAAUCCGUUUCCUUUUAAACCACGUUUAGGGAGAGACCCCUGAAAUGCCUGGGCUCUCAGCAGUGCGCUGAGCGGCUUCCACUCCCCAGCAGCCAGGGAACCACGUGAUUUUUCUCGUCGCCUCUCCGAACCUCCUUAUGAACUCAAGCGCAGACGCAGCCCACCCACCCGGGACCUCGCGCCCUAGCACCCUGCCACGUGGGCCUCCCGGGAACGCCAGCCUCUGCCCGGGGGCGUCUGCGCCUCUGGACGCACCUGCCGGGAACCAGGCCUGCGCCCCUCCGCCCACCAGCGAGCUCCUGCCCUCAGGCGGCCUGUCCUGCUUGGGGACGCGUGGAGACCAUGAGGGGAGUCCUGCCUUUUUUAAUGACCAAGAAGGUGCUCAGACCCGGGCACCUGGAGAAGUGGGUGGCCCGGCAGGCUCGGCCCCCAGGGCAGGGGCGGGGGGGGGGGUGCAAAGCCACACCUUUGUCUUCAGAGGCGCCCCAGACAGCGGCUCGAUGCUCGGGGGGGCGGCAGGCAAGGGUGUUUUCCACUCACAACUCCAAGAUCGAGGUAGUUUCCGAGGAUACGCUCCUCAGAGGCAAAGGAGGUUGUGUUCAUCCCUCGCCACGUGCCCUCCGUGCACAAUGUAACACGUAUGAAUAACCAUGUAUCUAACCAGAGACAGGGGCCCUGGGGUAACACAUAUGAAUAACCAUGUAUCUAACCAGAGACAGGGGCCCGGGGGACCCCGGAGUCGCCCCUCCUGACUCACGUAUUCACAGAGAAGCGCCUUCGUGAGCUGUCACCGCUGCGUGCAUCCUGGCCCACAGGUAACAGGGCCUGGACGCCACGGUCUCAGACGCCCGGCGGCCACGGCCUGUGGCCACGCGCCGCCCUCGGCCAGGCCGGGGGUCUCCAGACACUGCCUACCUUUCGCUUUCCUUUAUUUUUUUAAUCAAGUUUUCAGAAAGUAUUUUUGAGAAGUCGGUCUCACCAUGUAUUUAUAAUUGGUUAAUAAAGUGUUUACCGUGAAAAGCG